UAUUUUUUGAAGUCUUCCAUCAUUCAAUUUAUUGCUAAUAAUGUAUUUAUUAGUUGCACAGAAAUGGUAAAAGCCUAUUCUCCUACAUUUUAUUUCACCGUAUAAUUAGAUCUUAAGAACAAAAAGAUCAAGUUGUAGAAUGAGCAUCAACCUUACAGGUAUUUAACUGAUCCGUCUAUAUUGAGAUUCAGUUAUUAGAGCUGUUAUCAUUCUUCAUAAAUAACAUGAAUGCUCUUUAUUCAAACAAUGAUAGCAUUUACAACACUGAAUCUUACUAUAUUGGAGUAUUACAAUUUUUAUUCAUCAAUAAAGGAAGAGUGAUAUUCUCUGCUCAAUCAUUUCGCUUCAGACAAAAACUCUGAUAGGAUCUAAAUGCUAAAUAGACAAAAAAGUUAUUGAUUGGAAGUCUCUUCCCAAAUGAUAGCUUUUUAGUAUCAGAAGAGCCCUGUACAGAAAUAUGGCAUUGCAUAAUCAACUAAUCAUUCAUGAGGUCAGAAUAUAAAUAGCAAAACUAUCUGUGAUCGUUCCAGACCAAUGCACUCAUCAAUAAUAGAUCUGUAUUGAGGAAAGAUAUUGUAGUCAAAGUGUUGAGCUGUUUGAUUCAAGUGUGUAUGUGUCAAUGAUAAUGAUAAUAAGAGAGUGUGUAGAAGCAAUAAUGAUUUCACUUCUGUCAAAUGUAAAUUAUUUCAAAUUUAUUCAUCAUCUAUCGAUUUCGAAUUAAGUACUCCAAUGAACUUCAUUAAAUCAAUCUGAUUCACAAGAAUAUGAGUGACACCCUCAAGAAAUAUUGACAGCACAAUCGUCUGUUUAUAAUUUGUUGAAGAAGUUUCUUAUAAUUAUCAUAAUAUACUUAUAGUGUUAUGCUGUGAUUUUCAAAGAAUGAGCUACUACAUACAGCUGAUUAUAAUAAUUGUGGCAAUUUUCUCAACAAUCGAAACCUACUCUCUGCUGGAUGAGAGCAACUGGAUCCUCGAGCAGAGGAAGCCUGUGGAGAACAAGGAGGCCGCCGUCACUAAUAGCUCAAUAAAUGCUAAACAAGGACCGAAAACUGUGGCUAAGAAUGUCACCCACAUUAUGAGCGGUCAUAAGCAUGUCAGAGACAGGAUUCUCUGCUUCAUGAGAGUGUUGAAAGACAAGUCGCCGACAAAGCCAGUGGUGUGCAGCGACAUACAGUACCCAUCAAAAGGUGUGCUGAAGAACAUCAGCAUUUCGUUCAUAGAGGUUCUGGACAAAUCCACAGACGGACAUGGCGGAUUCGCCGAGAUCCUCUCGGGCGGUCCCGGACAGAAAAGCGUCAAAAUCAACCUCAAGUCCCAACCCGGCUACGGACUCGACUUUCUCAUCAGAAUCUAUGGCGCUUAUACUCCUGACGAUCAUCCGAACGAGAUCAUUUCAUGAGAACUUUUAUCAAUUCAUGAGAACUUUCUAUGAAGUUUCAAGUUCUGGGAAGUUCAGGAGAGUGUGAAGUAUAGUGAGAUCCUCUUCAUACUGUCAGCAUUCCUUGUAUAUAAUAUCAAUACUUCCAAAUUAACCAUUGCUGACAGUUUAUACAAAUUAACGAACAUCUAUAGAGACAGGGAUGAUGAAAAGGCUGCCAAAAUCUAAAACAUAAUCAAUUACUUUAGUGUAGCCAUUUCUAGUGUGUGAAUGCAUUUUUCCAAUAUCACAGGUAUAGAAUAACUAAUCUCUCGAGAGUAUCGAUACUCCCUGCUAUAGGUCUCCUGAAUUUUUAUUCUCUCUGUUGAUGAAAUUUUAGUUCUUUCUGAGGAUUAGACAUCUAUGUAUGUUUAUUUAGUCAGGUCCACGUUAUAAAUGCAGUGUUUAAUUAUUAGCAAUGGUAUUGCUAUCCUUAUCUAUCAUUCAACAAGGCGGAUAGCGCUAUCUCUUUCUCGCUUUGAUGUGUUGCCAGAUCACUUUUUAUAAAUUAUUUAGAAUUAUUAAUUAAUCAACACAAAAUUUCAUCCUAAUUAUAAAAAUAUUAUUGAAAAAUAUAAUUUCUUGCUUAAUAAAAUAUAAUAAUUGAUUAUUUUAGACGAGAAUGAACCGUAAAUAUUACAUCAAUAAUCACCUACGUCCUCAUUAAGACAAUAAUUAUUUAUUUAUUAAUAUUAUUUAUAUAAUAAUAUAUUGAAUCAUUAAGAAUAUUAAUAUUAAUUAUUUACUGUACAUUAUAGCAUCAUUGACAAGACAGAGGAUCGGCAACGCUGUUCUCCUAUCUUUCUCCACUGCCAUUUUAACGUGGACCUCACUAUAGCUAAACUGAAUCCUAUGAGUCAAUGAACAUAGGUACAACGUACCUAGCUGGUGUGAUUGAUAAAAACUAUCAAAUGAGUGUUUUCAGCAAAAUGAUGGGAGGGGGUCUGAAGUGCUGUAUCAUGGAAUUACAAUUAUCUCAUGAACCACCAAAAAUAGCAUUUAAUAUUUUCAUGGGACUGGUUUAUAGGCCUCCCAAACUAAUUAUUAUUGAUUGCAUAUCUCUCAGUGCACUUUAAAAGAGUUUCAGCUGCCUCUAUAGUAUUGAUGUCUGUCUCUGAGAGUUGAACAGUACUACCGACUUCUCAAAUCUGAUUCAAAUAUUGUCAAACACAUCAAUUUUUUUUAUAUCGUUAAAAACUACUAUAUUUGAAAAUUUCGCAAUAUUUAAUGGUAUUUGAGAUAUGUCUUACGAAACAUUGAAACAGUAAAGUGAUGACUUCGACUUAUUAUUCGGAUAAAUAACUUAUUUAUUGAUUUUAUUGUACACUAUUCGAGAGAUAUUUCCAGUUUUGAUAAGCGCAAUAAGUUCAGCUCAAUUUCACGAAAAUCUAAAUCAAAUAGAGAUGUGACU